UCCUGGGGGCUUGUCCUGGGUUUUUCUCUAUCCCGUGGUCUGAGCACAGGAGGGGUGACCCAGCCUGGAACACGACUCUACUCGUACUUCCCUUACUGCCAAGGGAUUCUGUGGACACACUCCUACUCCCCGGCAGGGCCCUUAGCCUUGGGCUCAGCCCCUCCAUGGUUUAGGGCAGUUGUAGUUCGGGCUCCCCUGCCCCUCCUUGCACAGUCCAUGGCAGUCAGACUCCCCGUCCAGUGGUCAGCAGGGCAGAACUCAGGAGGCCUGGCACAAAGGGCUCUCAGGAGGAACUUGGAAUAGAGGCUUGGGGGCAUCACCUGUCCAGGGCUCUGUGGGCAUCUGGCUCCUCUCUUUACCUCACCACCCCUGCCCACACCUGACCCAUCCCAAAUCCCACCAUUCCCUUCCCACUCCAGGCCACCGCCCUUCCAACCUUGAUGCCUGCAGUGGCCCCUCCAUAGGUCUCCCUGGGCCAGGCUUGUCCUCAACAUCCUCUGUCCUUCCCACCCCCAUGGCCAACCCGUUCCUCUCACACCCCCGGCUCUUCCCCACCUCGACUGGCCCCUUCCUGAGCUGAAGUGUCACUCCUAAGACAGCUUUCCCGGUGGGAUCCCGGGUCCUCCCUCUCCCAUCAGCCAGGGCAUUUUCUCCAGGGAACUCACAACCAUGAUGUGAACUGGUCGGUUCUCUGCUGGCAGGUCUCUUGGGUGAACACCAGGAGGGGAGGGCCUGUGUCUACCCUCUUCCCUAGUGUCCUCAGGAUCUCACACUUGCUGAGCAGAUGAAGGGAGUGUGUGGGACUGAGGGAAAGCAUCUCUGGACAAACCACCAAGUGCAAUUUUGAGCCAGACUUGGGGCCUUCCUCCACCCUGCCCCAGCUGCCAGAUCCUGGCCUUGCCCCCAGCAACCGGGUGGGGCCGCCCAGCUCACCUCCCAGCUGAGCUGCCUCUCCUCUCUCCCACUCACGCUCACUAGCUGUGCCCCAGCUUUCCUCCCUCUUUGGCUACCCACAGAGCCCGUUCUCCCAGCCCCACCCUGCCAGCCCCUCCCAGGUGCCUGUGGUGGGGUAGUGAGCUCCCACAGCACCUGGGACUCCUGGCGGCACACCAUGGGCGCUCCAAGGCCCUGGGCCCGCUACGGGCUGCUGGUUGUGGCCCACCUGCUGGCCCUGGCGCUUGGGGCUGCAGUGCUCCAGGCCCUGGAGGGGCCUCCAGUGCUCCAGCUCCGGGCCAAUCUCAGGGCCGAGCUGGCCACUUUCCAGGCAGAGUACGGGGCCUGUCUGCCACCUGGGGCACUGGAGGAGCUGCUGGGCACCGCCCUGGCAGCCCAGGCCUAUGGGGUCUCCAGCCUGGGCCAUGGCUCAGAGACCAGGAACUGGGAUCUGCCCUCGGCCCUGCUCUUCACUGCCAGCAUCCUCACCACCACGGGUUAUGGCCACAUGGCCCCACUGUCAGCAGGUGGAAAGGCCUUCUGUGUGGUCUAUGCGGCCCUGGGGCUGCCAGCCUCCCUAGCACUUGUGGCUGUGCUACGCCACUGCCUGCUGCCUCUGCUCAGCCUCCCGGGUACCUGGGUGGCUAUCCGCUGGCAGCUGGUGCCAGCCAGGGCUGCGCUGCUACAGGCAGCUGGAUUGGGCUUGUUAGUGGCUACUACCUUCGUGCUGCUGCCAGCCCUGGUGCUGUGGGGUCUCCAGGGCGACUGCAGCCUGCUGGAGGCCAUCUACUUCUGCUUCAGCUCACUCAGUACCAUCAGCCUGGGGGACCUGCUGCCCAGUCGCGGCCGUGGCCUGCAUCCAGUGCUUUACCACCUUGGCCAGCUCGCACUUCUCGGUUACUUGCUCCUGGGGCUCCUGGCCAUGCUGCUGACUGUGGAGACCUUCUCGGAGCUGCCACAGGUCCGCACCGUGGUGAAGUUCUUUGGGUCCAGUGAUCCUUCGACCGCUGAGGACCAAGUUGGCAUCAUAGGCCAGGAUGAACUGGCUCUGAGCACCCUGUCAGCCCCAACCACACCCUCAGGACAAGCCCCAGCUUGCUGACAGGUGUCAGAUGAUGGGAAUUGAGCUUUCAGUUGGAGAAAUCUGGAGAGGAAGCCUCUGGAGAAGGGAGAGGAGAAAUGGGUGGGAGGACCUCAGGGAAUUAUGUUAAAAAAAUUAAAUGGGCAGCACCCCCGA